AUGGGCAGCUGGUCCCGCGGUGCCGUGCUGGAGCUGUACAGGGCGCUGCUCCGUGCAGGGCGUCACCUUCAGUACACCGACCGGAACUACUACCGCCGGGCCGUGGCCCGUGAGUUUCGGCGCUGCCAGGCCCUGACCGUACCCGAGGACAAGGAGGAAGCGCUGAAGAGGGGCCAGUUCUUUCUCAACAGCAGGCUGGGCGGGCUUAUGUAG